AUGGGAUGUAACAUGUGUGUGGUAGAGAAACCCGAAGAACAAUAUCGGGUGAUGCUGCAGGUGAAUGGCCGGGAACUGUCCCGUCUCUCACAGGAGCAGACGCUUGAGGCCCUCCGGUGCUCUAAGGAACCUCUGGUCAUCCAGGUGUUGCGGCGCAGUCCUCGUAGCCGAGGUGGAGGUGGUGAGGGAUCCACCUCUCAAGGAGAAAUCACAACCCUGGUCGAUAGUGGAACCCAGACCGACAUCACCUUUGAACACUUAAUGGAUCUAGGCAGGAUGCGGCCACCAAGCCCUCCGGCUGUGAGGAUGGAACCCUAUGGCCCCUCAAUUGCUCAUGAAUAUUAUGACCCUGUGGAAUUCAUGGAAGGAGCUGCUCCAGAGGCUGAGAGAGCAGAAGACCUAGAAUACGAGGAGGUGGAGCUGUACAAAUCCAGUCACCGGGAUAAGUUGGGCCUGAUGGUUUGUUAUCGAACUGAUGAUGAGGACGAUGUAGGCAUCUACGUUGGAGAGGUCAGUCCCAAUAGCAUUGCAGCCAAGGAUGGACGAAUUCGGGAAGGUGAUCGCAUUGUCCAGAUUAAUGGCAUGGAGGUACAAAACCGAGAGGAGGCUGUAGCAAUCCUUACGCAGGAGGAGCGAACAAACAUUUCUCUGCUGCUGGCUAGGCCUGAGACUGAGCUGUCCAAACGUUGGAAGGACAGUGACCGUGAGGAUUUCUUAGAUGACUUUGGUUCUGACCAUGAAGCUGGAAUAAAACCACAACGGCUGCUUUCUCCCGCAGGCCAGCAGUUAGGGUACGAGGAACCACUGCAAGAAAAACCUUCUGGGGAUGCAGCCACACCUCUGACUAACAGCCAGGAACUGGACAGUGGAGUUGGCCGGACAGAUGAAAGUACCCGCAACGAGGAGAGCUCUGAACAUGACCUGCUAGGAGAUGAAGCGCCUAGCGCUGCCAACACGCCAGGCAGCCUGCGCAAAUUUGGACCUAGCCUCCAGCCUCGGGACUUCCAUUAUAGCAUGGACUCCCUCCUGGCAGGGGAGCUUCCUAGUGCUGUGGGCACAGACCUGAUGCCAGGACUUACCGAUGAAGAGUAUGAACGUUACCGUGAGCUGCUGGAGCUCAAGUGUCAUCUAGAGAAUGGCAAUGAACCAGGGUUAGUGAGCGCUGCCCUGGAUGUCAACCGCAAUGAGGUGGCUCUGCUAGAAGAGGAGCUUCGCCACCUGGAGUUUAAGUGCCGCAACAUCUUGCGAGCACAAAAGAUGCAACAGCUCCGCGAACGUUGCAUGAAGGCCUGGCUGCUUGAGGAGGAAGGGCUGUAUACUUUGGAAGGGGAACCUAAGAAGCACGAACUGUCAGACAUCACUGAACUGCCAGAACGCUCAGAUAAGGACAGCACAAGUGCUUACAACACUGGAGAAAGUUGUCGAAGCACCCCCUUACUGGAAAGCCCCUUGCGUCGCUUGGCUGAGAGCCCCAAUCUCAACCGCACAGCUCCUCCUUCCCCUCCACACCCUAAGUUCCGCCGGGAAGAACGGGUGCGGCGCAGCCCCAAGGCAACUGGGGAAAGCAGCCCUUAUUUGAGUCGACGUCAGCGGGAAGAGCUACCUGCUCCUAUCAGCCCCAUGAGCUUAGCCAGCAUUUGCAAGGACUCGCUUGGGAGCAAAGCAGAACCCCGCAUGGAGUGGAAAGUGAAGGUCCGUAGUGAUGGCACUCGCUACGUGGCCAAGAGACCGGUGAGGGACCGGCUCCUUAAAGCCAGGGCCAUGAAGAUCCGCGAGGAACGCAGCGGCAUGACGACAGAUGAUGAUGCGGUCAGUGAGAUGAAGAUGGGACGUUACUGGAGCAAAGAGGAACGGAAGCAGCACUUGAUUCGAGCUCGUGAGCAACGGAAACGCCGCGAGUUUAUGAUGCAGAGUCGGCUGGAGUGCUUGAGAGAAAGGGAAGGAAGUGAAGCUCGAGGGGUUUCUGGCGAAGUCAACAUCUUGGCACUGAGCCAUCGUAAAACCAUGAAGAAACGGAGCCGACGUAUCUUGGACAACUGGAUUACCAUCCAAGAAAUGUUGGCUCAUGGCACUCGCUCAGCAGAUGGCCGCAGAGUUUACAACCCACUGCUUUCAGUCACUACUGUUUGA